CUUAACCCCCGCACCCCACCCCACCCCACGCCACCUCAAAAUAACCUCCUUAUUAUUACCUCCCCCAUUCUCUCAUCUCCUAACAUUUUUUCUUGUCAUCUUGUUUUUUUUUUCUCUCUAAAGAAGAUUCAAGAAUUUGCAACUACUUAAUUUUCUCCCUCUUUGUUUUUGCUUCUUGUAGUUUCAAUGGCUUUGAUGUUGGACAAUUGUGAAGGCAUAUUACUAUCACUAGACUCACACAAAUCAGUUCCAGCUCCAUUCUUAACAAAAACAUACCAACUUGUUGAUGAUCCUUCUACUGACCAUAUUGUUUCUUGGGGUGAAGAUGACACUACUUUUGUUGUUUGGCGUCCACCUGAAUUUGCUCGUGACCUUCUCCCUAAUUACUUCAAACACAACAAUUUCUCUAGCUUUGUCCGCCAACUCAAUACCUAUGGUUUUAGGAAAAUCGUACCAGACAGAUGGGAGUUUGCAAAUGAGUUUUUCAAAAGAGGAGAAAAACAUUUGUUAUGUGAGAUCCAUAGGAGGAAAACUGCUCAACCACAAAGUAUUCCAAUGAAUCAUCACCAUUCAUUUAACCAUCAUCAUCAAAUCACUGGUCCUGGGUUUUUUCCAAAUUAUCCAAGUACUACUUAUAACAGGCUCAGUAUUUCUCCACCUGAUUCAGACGAACAAUUUCUUCCACAACAUCAUCAACAACAACAUAAUGUCAAUUGGUGCGAUUCACCAUCAUCCAACAACAAUGCCAACAACAACAGCAACAGCACCGUUACCGCGUUGUCUGAGGACAACGAUAGGUUGCGUAGGAGCAACAAUAUGUUAAUGUCUGAACUAGCACACAUGAGAAAACUUUACAAUGACAUUAUUUAUUUCGUCCAAAAUCAUGUCAAACCUGUUACACCUAGCAGUUCGUACAAUCCAUGUUCACUUUUACCUGCUUCAGCUACACCUAUAAUCCAAAAAAAUAUUCAUCAUCAACAACAGUUCAGCUAUCAACAAAUUACAAACCCUAAAAAUGUUCUUAUGGGCAACUCGAACACCAACAACAACGUCGUGUCACCAAGCAAGACAUCACAAAGUAGCAGUGUAACAAUUCUUGAUGAAGCAGCAGGUGGUGGUGCUGCUACUACUACUACUAAUGGAGGUGAUAAUAGAAGUACAAAAUUAUUUGGUGUCCCACUUAUGUCCAAGAAAAGAGUGCACCCUGAAUAUUCUUCUACUUAUUAUUCUACUACUAAUAUGGUGGAGACUAAUAAGGCUAGAUUAAUGGUCUUGGAAAAAGAUGAUCUUGGAUUAAAUCUCAUGCCCCCUUCUUCAUCAUCUUAAUUAGACUUUAUUAUUAUCAUUAUUCACCCACACUAUCCUAUUAUUAUAUUAUUCAAGAAAGUUCUGAGUUUUUAUUCCUCUCUA